AUGAACUUACCCUUCCUUGUCACUCAGCUUGGCAGGCACGAAGUGAUAUUAGGGAAGAGGUGGCUAGCAGAAAAUCAGGUGUUACCGGAUUGCCAUCGACGGCGUCUAAUCUGGCCUGAGGAACGCUCCCUUCAAGAGGAGCUUGAUGCGGACCGGCGGGAUGAGCUUAUGGAUAACUCGAAGCCUUUGAAUGCUCACCUUGAGAUCAGCAAGAAGCCCGAGCCGGAGGUACGAAUUAUGCAUGGGAGAUCUUACAAGAAGAGUCAUGAAGCUUCGAUGAUUCGUAUGAAGAAGGCCUUUCAUCAAGCAAAUCAGGAUCAACUAGAAUCAGCGACCACAGUUCCGCCACCACUACCCAAGAGGGACUGGCGCGAGAAUGCAAAGAAGGCGGCCAAAUUGGAUAUCGCUCUCAUCGGCGCGGUGGGAUUCGCGAGGCACGCGCGCCAGCCUAAGGCAGAGCUCUGCAUGACGAGCCUCUACGAGAUCGAUAAGCGCUUGGAUGAACUCAACCACCCAUAUGAACUGGAAGAGCCAGAGAUCGAGGAAAUCAAGAAACAGUUACCACGGCAGUAUUGGGAGUUCGUGGACGUCUUUCAGAAGUCCAAGUCGGACGAGUUGCCUCCGCCUAAGCCAUAUGAUCACAAGAUCGAGCUGGUCAAAGAGCAAGAGUUAGGUUACAGCCCAAUCUAUCGACUAGGAAGGGAGGAGCUGGAAGCCGCAAAGGAGUAUAUUAUCGAUAACCUGAAUAAGGGGUUUAUAGUGGCUAGUCAGGCACCGUUCGCGUCUCCAAUCCUAAUGGCUAAGAAGCUAGGAGGGGGUCUUCGUUUUUGCGUCGACUAUCGGAAGCUCAAUUCCAUUACCAAAAAGGAUCGAUACCCGUUGCCGCGCGUAUAUUCACGAAGCUUGAUAUCCGACAAGGAUUUCACCGGAUCUGAAUGCAUCAGGACUCAGAGGAUCUCACAACCUUUCGGUGCCGUUACGGGACCUUUAAGCCUGCAAGCAGCUAUCCACAAAUGCGAGUUCCACGUCACGACGACCAAAUAUUUAGGUUUUAUCGUGACUCCAGAAGGGAUUAAGGUUGACCCGUCGAAGAUUGAUGCCGUGGUUAAGUGGACUAUGCCUACUACUGUAUAUAGGGUGCAAUCGUUUCUGGGUUUCUGCAAUUUCUAUCGUAAAUUCAUAGAGGCAUAUAGUCAGGUAGCAGCGCCGUUGUAUCGACUCACGCGGCUGGAUACGCCGUUCGUAUGGAGCAAGACUUGUCAAGAGGCUUUUGAUCGGUUGAAAGCGCUUCUUGUGAGUGCUCCUGUCUUAGCUCACUAUCGACCAGAGCGGCCGACUCGUGUGGAGACAGAUGCCUCUGAUGGGGUAGUUGCUGGAGUAUUAUCUCAACUGCAGGAAGAUAAAGAGUGGCACUCAGUGGCUUAUUUUUCUCAUACAAUAACUCCUGCUGAGUUGAACUACAAUAUCCAUGACAAGGAGAUGCUAGCCAUCAUUAAAGCGUUGGAUGAAUGGAGGCCGGAGUUAGUCGGACUGCAACGCGAGGAUAGGUUUGAGAUUCUCUCUAAUCACAAGGCGUUAGAGUAUUUCAUGACUACUAAGAAGUUGAACGCUUGGCAAGCACGUUGGUGCGAGUUCUUACACGAUUAUUACUUUAUCCUGAAGUAUCGUCCGGGACGAGUGAACGUGUUAGUGGAUACAUUGACACGCCGAGAAGGCGCAGAACAAGAGAAAAACCUGGAUCACCGCCAUCAGACCCUUCUUCCCCUGGACGUGCUUGAUCCUCAGAUUGCGCAAGAACUAGGCCUAUCAGAGGUUGCUAAGAUUCACACUUCCGUCAAUAUUAUGUCACGAGUGGUAUGGGCUAAUUAUGAAGCCGCGAAGGAAGAGUCCUAUCUAGCUCUUUUGAGCAAGAAUAACGGUUGGAGUGUGUCAGAAGGUCGUCUCCUAUACAAAGAUCGGUUAUUUGUUCCAGAUAUCGACGACCUACGCGCGAGACUGCUAGACGAAGUCCACAGACAGUCAUUGACAGCUCAUCCAGGCAGAUCUAAGACGAAGCUACUGGUCAAAGAAAGAUUUUACUGGGAAACUUGGAGUUCGGAUAUAGACCGCUAUGUGGACAAUUGUAUGACGUGCAAACGGACUAACACGAGGCGAGACUUACCUCCAGGAUUAUUACAACCGUUGCCGGUGCCAGCUCGUCCGUGGCAGCACAUCUCUAUGGACUUUAUGACGUACGAAUCGACGGCGUGCUACAGCGCCGUAUAG